GGGAGUUCCUGUUCACUUAUUGCUUGACAAUAAUUAUAAUACGUUGAUAGUUGAUUUGAAAUUGACUCAGACACAGACUUUAGUUAGAUCUUCUGAUCUAGAUCUAUAAUCUAGAGUCUAAAUCUAGAUGUUAGACUUAGAUUGUAACUAUUGUAAACUACACUGACUACAUUAUACAGUACAGAUGAUGAUGAGCAUAAUAGGCAUAGACAGUCGAACAAUCAAAUGUAAUCUAAAUCUAGACUCUAGAAGAUAGUAUUGCCAAUACUUAAUACUACAAUACUUGUCAGUAUUAUUUAGACUAUUACUAGAUCAAUAGUGACAAUAGUAUUCAUUCUAUCGGAAAUUUAAAAGUAGACUAAGUGACCAUCAGUCCAUCACCCAACCAAUACUGAAUACAAAUGCAAUAUUGCCAAUAUUAUUAGUAAUAGGCAGAAUAUGGAUGAUCCAGUUCUGCAUGUUAUUGUUGUAGGCUUCCAUCACAAAAAGGGAUGCCAGGUUGAAUUUUCAUAUCCACCACUUAUAGAAGGUAAUUCUGUAGAAAGCAAUGAAAUACCAGAAGAGUGGAAACAUAUUCCCUCCUUAGCACUGCCCGAUGGAGCUCAUAAUUUUCUCAAAGACACUGUGUAUUUUCUAUUGCCUGGAAGAAGUAAUACGCCACAAACAGUGUAUGCUGUUUCCUGUUAUAGACAGAUGGAUGCCAAAGAUUUGAUCAACAAAACAGCAGAUGUGACCAGAAGUACUGUACAGAAAAGUGUUUGUGUUUUAAGUAGACUGCCAUUGUUUGGUUUGAUCAAAGCCAAGCUUGAAUUAAUUACACAUGCUUAUUUCGAUGAAAAAGAUUUUAGUCAAGUCUCUCUCCUGGAACAAACUUACAAAAAUCUUAAUUCUUCUCUCACUCGAAGUUUAUUGGAAGGAACACAGGUAUUUUUAGGUCUUUCAGCCCGAGAUCUAGUUGCUACCUACAAACAUAAAGUCAUUGUGUUAUUCAAGCUGCUUAUGCUAGAAAGAAGGGUUCUAUUUUUUGGCUCCCCAGUAGAGCUUCUUUGUCCAACUUUAUUGGGAUUUUUGUCUUUAUUUCCGGGUAUGUUAGAAAAUGGUCUUCAUCAAGCAUGCAACCAAUGGAGUGACAAAAAAUUAUCUCCUACUUUGGCUGUGGUCAACUUUCAACCAGAUCUUGAAGAAAAUGAACAAUUUUUAGAGGUGUGCUAUCAUGAAACAAUUCCAGAAACACCACUUUCAGAAGUUCUUGGCCAUCUUCAUAAUUCUGGAAUGAAUUUAACUGCAGGGGGAGAUACAAACUACACAUCAUUAGACAUAAACGAUGAGGACAUUGUAAAACAGAACAGUAGUGAAGCACCAGAGCCGCUCUCAAUUCCAAGAGACUCAUCAUUUGAGAAACGUUCACAUAGAAAGACAGGGUCUGAAACAACUGGGUCAAGAUCUAGAAGUGCCAGUUCUAAUGAUUCUGAUAAAUUAACUGUGCAUGCAUUUAACAAAGCCAAAAGACAGUUUUCUGUCGAUGAGAGCAAACUUUAUUCCUCAAAUGAGAGAGACAAAUAUGUGUUUGAUAAUAGUCCUUUGGUCAACAUGAAAAACAUAACCCAGAUAGAGAAGGUUCAAAUGGAGGAUGUGAAGCAGGGGGACUACCUGACAUCUGAUCAUAAAUUCAUUGAAGUUGAUGACAACAGUAAUGCUGUCGAUUCAGGUAGGAAGCAACAUGCCAACAGUUUAACGCUACAUAGCACCAAGAUUAGACAGGAUACAGAAGAAGUAAUUGAAGAUCUAGACUCUCCAGAGAGUAUCAGCAAGAUAGACAAGGAAGAUUGCUUCUCCUGGGAGCAGGAUCAUUUACAUUUGAGUUUUGACCAUGAUGCUGCAGCUCAGGAGGCCAACAAACCAGGAACUGCCACACCUUCAUCUUCUAUGAGUGAGAGUAGGGAUUCCAUAUCUGCUAGUGACAGUGGUAAGGAAUCCUCAGUGUCAGAGGAGAUAUUGAAUGUUGCCACCACUUUGGAAGCUGGCACAAACAGUUCCAUUGUUACCAUAAAAAAGCCUGUCAAUGAAUCUUCUCCCAGAGCAAAAUCCAAAGCACUUAAAGACAAACUGUCAUCAGCUUUUGGCAAAAAGAAGUCAAAGAAUAAACUUGGAAAUGAGAACCAGAAUAAACAUGAGGGUGAUGUGGUACUGCAACAAGAUCAGUUUGGUCAUCCCUUAGCAAUCUUUACUAGGGGCUCUGUCUGUCAUCCUUAUCUAAGUCUCCAGUACCAUGACAUUCUAACUGAUGUCAACAUACGCAGUUUUGUGCUGGGUGCUACCAAUAUACUUUUUAAACAACGGCGACAGCUAUUAGAUGCUUUUGUAGAGGUAACUGAAGGAAAAGUAGAUAUCCGAGACAAAGAGCUUGUCAAGCAGCUGAGUCUUACAACAGCUGACCUUAGAUUUGCUGACUAUUUGGUGAAAACAGUGACAGAAGAUAGACCAGGUCUGUUUCUAGAUGGCACUGAAUGGGAAGGAAGUGAUGAAUGGGUCAGAGCACAAUUUAAACAUUAUUUAAACUCUUUAUUAUCAACUGUUCUGGCAGAUGAUCAUAAACUUCUUGAGGAUUUUGGAGUUUCAUUUCUGGCGGCUUGGAAAACAACACAUAAUUUUAGAUACUGGAAAGAAGUGGAGCAUCCUGCUAUACAAGACAUUGCACCAGGUCAUCCAUUCCAAGGUAAUUUAAGUAUGGCUGAUGUGCGAGUUCGGUUCAAUCAUACCUUACAAAGUACAGAGCGUGGUAGAAAGCUCAAUGCAGCCGUAGUUCAAACUGGGAAAUAUGUUGUACAAACUGGCAAAGCAUUUGGGGGUGCAUUUACAUCUGCUAAGUCGGCUGUUUCUGGUUGGUUCAGUAGUUGGAGACACAAUGAUAAAAUCCAAGAUGUAGACCAAGAACCAUCUCAUGAAAGUGACAACCUACCAGUUUUAAGCAAUGAAACAGUUGCCUCAAGUAGUAAUGGUGAAGUAACCACAUGAAGGGAACUUCUGACUGUAUUGCUGUAGUAUCAUUAGCUGAGUUUUAGAAAAAAAAAGUGUUUUCUUAGUUUUAGACAUUGACCAUAGUGAUACUUUUUUAUUAGUCUUCACUCUUUGGAGCUAACAAAUAAGUGGAUAUGAUGUAAAUAGAUUAGUCACUACAUUAAGCUUAUGUUUGGGAUUAUUGCUUUAAUCACUUAACAUGCCAGGGAAAGUCAAAUUUGAGAUCACUUUUUUAUGUUGCAUAAACUUGUACAUAUGUUUGUAAAAAAAACAAAAACAAAAAAGUCUUGUUUAUUUAUUUGAUAAUUGAAUUAAUUUUAAAAAAAAAGUAUAAAUGAGUCAUGACCAGCAUUAUGACAUAAUUGGCAUAUUUUAUACAUGACAAACAUAUGGGUUCCUUUUUCUAAAUGUGAAUAUAUUUUUUGUGUAAUGACAGUUUAAUUGUUUCUUCCUAAGGCUGUAUUUUUCACUGUUUUAAUAAUAGAUUUUUUUUGUUGGUUAUUUGUUGGCAGUUUUCUUUCAAUCUGUAAUUGAAACUGAGAUUCAAUGUGAUUCUGUAAAUAUUGUGAGAGUACAUAUGUUAGAAACACUCUUGUAGAAGAUUGGUUAGACCACCCUUAGAAAUACAGUAGAAAUAAACUAGCACUAAAGACUGGCUCUUUUACUGUUAUUGUUUAAGGUAAAUAUUUUUGUUAAAGUUUUGGCAUUGGAAUUUUCUAAAUCUGUGUAGUUUUUAGGAAAAUGUGUACUUUGAUUGUUGAUGAAAUAAUUAUAUCCUGUUACCUAGAUGCUAGAUUUUGCUAGAGAAAUAAGUUUUGAGCUGUAGAAAGGAUUUUUGUUUGUAGGGCGGGGUUACAAAGAAAAGGUGUUGUGAACUCAUCAAAAAAAAAAGUUUAUUUUGUAGAUGUGCAGAAAUAAGGCAGUUUGGAGAUUGUUGUUUUUUUUUCACAAAAAUUUAAGGUUGAAUAAACUGACCCUGAAUUUCCUUAUGGAUCUUAAAAUAUAUGGAAAAUGAAAGAAAUGAGAUACAGAAAUAUAAAGUCAAAAUGAAUUUCCAAACAAUACCUUCACAUUUUGGAAAUAACACUUUUUAAUCUCAUCCACUUUUGCCAGUCACAUUUUUAGUCUUACCUUAUUGAAGAAUAUAUUUUAUUAUGGUAGAGUGAGAACUAGUUAUAGUUGUAUUUUUAAAACAAAUCUUUACACUGGCUGUUAUAAAUGUUUUCAACAGAUUGACUAAAAAAAAUAUCUAUGAUGUUUGAAAAUUUACUAAAAAUAUUUGUGUAUUUCUGCUGUGAUAUUAUUUAGCAUCCAAAACCUGUUACCAUUUCCUCCUGUGUAGGACAGCGUGCAGGAAUUUCAAAACAAUUUGUUCUUCACACAAUGGUUAAUCAUAACAAGAUUUGAUUGUAUUUUGAUUAGUAUUAUGUCUGUACUUACAAGCUUAAGCAAAACUCUUGGUUUGUAGUGACAACUGUGAACUUAACUAUUAAGUGAUGCUUGAUGUCACCAUGUUUCUUGAACUUUCUAGUUUGUUCACUGUAUUUUAAAGGUGCAGUUUAUUAUUAUUAAGUUUGACUAUUUUUUCAUUGCCAUUUCUACAUCUGAAUAAAAUUGAAAGACAAAGUCUUUCAUUGAUUUCCAAUGUGCAUUGAAGGAUCUUAUAACCUGUGCAAUGAUCAUGUGUAUCAUUUUUGUUCUAUUAUUUAUUAUAGCAGGUCUCAGCCUGCAUUGUCAAAUGAAAUGCAUCAGUCUAACUUGAGAGUUAAAAGGCAAUGCCUUUUUAAUUAAAAAGUAAGGAAUCACAUAUUUUCUUCUUAAUAGGAAUACAUUAUGUUAGUUUUUUUAAAUGUUUACUUGAGAUUACUAUUAUAUUAUAAGUUUUCUUUUUUUUAAUGCACAUGUCUGUUACAGAAUAAUAAAUCAAGCAAAGUUUGUCUAGUCUCCUGCCAUCACUGACUGUACAAUGUAUUCAGAAACAUUUGGAUUUUUACUCUUACAAUCCAAGUUAUUUUAUUUUUUUUGUCUACAUCCAUAAAACAUGAACUAAACGACUGAUAUUAAAUAGGACUACAAAAAGUCUAAGCUUAAAUACAAGAAUUCACACUUUAAGGAGGAUUAUAAUUACAAAGAAUGAAAGAAAACCUCAACUCGAGAAAAUUGUCUUAUGGUUAAGAAAAGCUACAAAUUUAUUUUUUUUUAAAGACAUUUUUAUAUUUUGUUGUUUUGUUUUUUCUUUUUGCCAAAAGUUUUUCAUUCCGCUAUUGAAUUUUUUUUUUAUCUUGGUGGAGAAGACAAUUGAUACACAAUUUUUUUUAAAGUGAUAUUUAAAGUUUUGAUGAUUAUCAAAUGUAUGAAUAAAUCAAUACCUUCAAUACUUCCAAUGUUCUUUAGUAAAGAAAAUUUCUUUCCUGUUAACGUGUUUCUUUUCGCUCCAAAAUGACAUGUUCUUGUACUAUUACUCCAACAUUUAUGAAAAGAUAUGUUUACAACAACAACAAACUGCACAAGAAAUGUUUAACAAAUUUUGUUGCUUAUUACUUGACAAUUUUUUUUUUUGCCAAGAUGUAUGACUUCUGUCCAAAAAAAAAAAAAAAAAAGAAAUGUAAUAAUUUUGCAAAAGUAUUUGUUUAUAAUUGAGUAUACAUCUGUUUAUUUAACUCCAGGGAAAGAUUUCACCAAAUUUGUAAUGAGAAGUUAGUUUUUAAAUUAUAUUAAUUAAAAUAUAAAUAAAAUAGUUUUUAUUUUCUUUGCAAACAAAUGGCUGCCUGGUCAUGCAGUUUGAACUGUCACAUGAUGGUCCAGAGUUCAAACCCUACCCAUUCACAUCCCCUGUUGUACAUUAGGACUAGGGAGUAAUAACCUUCAUUUAUGAAGAGACAUCUGAUACUUAUGGAAAAAAACAACCUGUAUUAAUUUAUAACUAAAUAUUUGAUAUCAACAUGCUAAUAUCUUCUAUAGCUGAUGUUUGGAUUAAAAAAUGUUGAUUUUGGGUGUUAAAUAGUCCUUCCUUCCAAUUGAGGGUCUGUUCUGUGCAAAAGUUUGUUUUUAUGCCUUUUGUUCAUAUUAAAGCAUUUAUAAUCUAA